GCCCGCCUGCCUGUUUCCCUAGCAAUGGGCUGUGACGCUGCGGCCUCCUCCUCAGGCCUGCCUCCUCCCCGCCUUCCUCCUCCGCUGUCCUCCCCAUGGCCCGCUCCUGCUCGGCCCGGCUGCACGGCGAGGCGGCCGCGUUCACCGCUGCCCUCCGCUCCCUGGUCAACAACCCCCAGUUCAGUGAUGUGACAUUCGUGGUGGGCCGGGAGAAGCAGCAGGUGUUUGCACAUCGCUGUGUGCUGGCAUGCCGCUGCCAGGCAUUCCGAGGGAUGCUGACGAGCAACGAGGAUCCCCUCAGCAGUGUCCCACCCCAGGGGCCCUUCAUCCUGGGCAAUGUGCAGCCAGAAGUCUUCCUAGCUGUCAUUGAGUUCCUCUACACUAACAGCGUCACCCUCAAUAGCCAUACUGUGCUGGAGGUGCUGACCUCAUCUGUGGAGUAUGGCCUGCAGGACCUGUGCAAGCUCUGUGUGGAGUUCAUUAAGGACACACUGUGUGUGGAGCAGGUCUGUGAGGCCCUGCAGGCUGCAGUGACCUAUGGGCAAGCAGAUCUCCAGAAGCACUGCCUGGCGUUCAUUGAGAGCUACACCAUGGCGGUGCUGCAGACACGGGGCUUCCAUGAGCUCUCUGACACGGUGCUGGCACGGGUGCUGCGCAGUGACCACCUGGCUGCAGAUGAGCUGGACCUGGUGCAAGCUGUGCGGGAGUGGGCGCACGUCAGUUCAGCCGUCCUGGAGCGCCCCGUACCUGAGGUGGCUGCUCUGCCCGUGCAGGAGCUGCGCCUGCCCUUGCUGGCACCUAACGAGCUGGCAAUGCUGGAGAGCCAAAAUCAGCACGACCUGCUCAUCCCAGUCGAUAGCAUUGCAGCAGCCUGGAGAUCCCAUGCGCUGCGGUGUGGAAGCGGGAUGCCCUCCCACCUCUGUCGGCCUCGGCAGGGCACGCGGCCCCGCAACCAUCACCGCCACCUGGACCCACAGAGCAAGUAGGGGCUGCGUCUCCCUCCUGCCCCCCCCCGGAGCAGCAGUGCCCCCUGCGAGGUGCUGAGCACUCCUCUUGCCAGAUGAGGGGCAGGAUAGGAGGAUCAUCCCGGUGCGGGGCUGCGGGGCAUCCGAAGGAUGGGAUGGGGGCACAGGAUGAGCCCCCAUUCAACCUUAUCCCAGCCAGAUCCCGUCCUUCUCUGAGGCGGUGCUGCCCUCCGCUGGGAGCAGGGCUGCGCUACAGGAGCGCACCAGGGCCCCCGCCUGGCAGAGAUGAAGGGGCUCAGCAGGGCAUGAGGCAGUUCCCAGACUCGAGCCCAGCACUGCCAACACAGAGCAAAAUCCCCAUCACCACCCCCGCCCCUCUUUGCACAGCCCAUUGCACGCACAGCUGUGUAUAUCUCAUCCCACCCCCGGAGUUGUGCCCCCCAGGAGACAGGGUCAGACACAGCGGAUAAUUUAUAUAUAAUAUAUAUAUUUACUCUUUAAAAAUAAACCUUCAGUCCCCACUACCGCCUGUACAAACUACAAAAAUAAACCUUUGCUCUCUUUGAUAUAAAUAACUUAGAUGGCGUGGUUGGGGGAAGAGGGGGAGGAGGUGGGGGGGGGCUGCCCACCGUGCCCACGCCUGGCACGGGGACGAGGACCCCAGGCCACCCCAGCACAGCGGCAGUGUCAGGGGGCCAGGGCAGUGGGCACAGCAACACCGCUGGAGUUAAAGUGCUGGGUAACGGCAUGGACAGUGCCCGGGAUGGGGAGGGGAGUUGGCAGGGGGAAAUGGCUCCAUUGCAUGGGCAGGGGGCAAGAAAGUUGCUUUCCCAGCUGGAUGAGCCCAAUGGCAGUGUGGGUGCCCUACACAGGGCUGAGCUGUGACUGUGGGACAUCGCAGGGGCUUGGCACAGUAAGGAGCACCCCAAGAACCCCUUCUCCCCCCCCAAAUCCUGCCUAUGUGCUGGCAGCAAUAGGCUCCCCAGCACAUCCCCCAGCUCCGUCCCUCCUGUGCUCACUGGUAGGGAAACUGAGGCACAGAGAGGAUGGGGGAACAUGGGGCAGCCCCUCGCUACCCCACCCCAAGCAGCCUGACAAGGCCCUCGGCUGAGAAAUAAAUCUUUUAAAAUAAGCUUAAAAAUAUAUAUCUCUCUAUAGAUAGUUUCCCUUUGCAAAUAAAUAAAGGUGGGGGAUGCCUACCCUGGGCCUUGCCCACAGCUCUGGGGCACCUGCCUAAUCGGGCAGGGGGACACCAGGGGCAAGGCAGCCCAGCAGGUGGCCGGGGGGGGUCCCAGGAGGACGGGGAGCAGGCAGUGGCCCCAUGAAGGGAGGUGGCAGGGCAGAGGGCUGGGCGCUGCGCCCCUGUGCCAGCAGCUCCAGAAACAGAGGGGGAGUUAGUGCUUCCAUUUCUGGGGGGCACAGGCACAGGGUGACCCCAAGGCACAUGGGGAGACACCGCCCUGUUGACACAGCGUGGCCUGCACACAGCUUGCAUAGGAAUGCCAGCCUGCCCUGUCAAGCCUGGGUGUGGGGCCGUGGGGGGCCGAUCCUCUUCGGCUGAGACCGGAGCAUCGCCACGGGGGCGAUUAGCA